GGAAGAGUACGAACUGGACAUUUUGUCGUAUUCGACACUGAUAAAAAAAGAACACCAUACCAUUUCACCUUGCUACAUUCUGGUCAGGGUCUUAAACUCGUUUCGUGUUUGUUACUCUCAUCUGCCCGUUCGCAUAAACGUGUUUUGAAAAUAUCACUUGUUGACUUGUUAGUUGUUGUCAGCACUAUGCCGAAUGCCGACAAAUUUCGUAAUAAUAUUACAUAGGUACUACAAGCCCUACAGCUACAGGAAUGUUGAAUUCUAAUUCAUUUUUUUUCGUCCUACAAAAGUGGUUUUUUUCCAAUAGAAUAAAUUAAAAGUUUUUUUUUUCAUAUAAUAUGUAUUUGCUGAGGUGAAACUGGUGAAAGCAAUUAGGUUCAUUCCAUCGUUCGGAACAGAGAAUCGUUCUUGGAUUCAGAGACAAAUUGAAAUUAAGAUAGUCAUAUUGAAAUCAUGCAAAACAUUAUCAACUCCGUUAAAGGAACUGCACUGGGAUUCGCAGGAUUAUUGACUCCAGUCCUAAAGGAAUCAAAAUUUAAAGAUACAGGAGUAGUUACACCAAAUGAAUUUGUUAUUGCUGGUGACCAUUUAGUACAUACAUGCCCAACUUGGGAGUGGGCUUGUGGUGAUGAAUGCAAGAUUAAAUCUUAUUUGCCAAAAGACAAACAAUAUCUAAUUACAAGAAAUGUUCCUUGUUUACGCCGAUAUCAACAAAUUGAGAACAGUGAAAUUAUUGAGAAUAUUGUUGAAUUGGAAGAAGGAACCGAAGGAUGGGUUGAGACUCAUCACUUUGAUUCUUCCCAUUUGCCUAUGAAUGAAAAAAUAUCAGAGAUACUACAUGAAGAACAUUUUGAAGGUCAAAAUAUAGGUAGUCAACUUUCCAACAUUGUGAACCAUGAAAAUCAAAUUAUGAAUACUUGUAAUUUCUAUACUAAAAAUAGUAGUAUAGGUGAUGAUGAUGAUGAUGACGAAGGUGAAGCAAUAGAUAUGGACGCGUUUGUAGAAAGUGGUAUGCUGGAAGAUGAUUCGGCAACUGUUUAUUCCACACAAAAUGAAAGAAAACAAUUAAAAAGCACAUCUAUUGAUGAAAUAUUAAAAACCAGAACUUAUGAUUUACAUAUAACAUAUGAUAAAUUUUAUCAAACUCCAAGAUUGUGGAUUUAUGGUUAUAAUGAAAAUAAAAAUCCAUUGAGUGUGGAAGAAAUGUUUGAAGAUGUGAGCCAGGAUUAUGCAAAGAAAACUAUUACUAUGGACUCCCAUCCUCAUAUUCCUGGUCCGCUGAUGGCCUCAAUACAUCCCUGCAAGCACGCAGAAGUUAUGAAAAAACUGAUCAAAAUUAUGAAAAAACGAAGCAAACAUUUAAAAGUACAUAUGUACUUAAUUAUAUUUUUGAAAUUUGUCCAAUCAGUGAUACCCACCAUAGAUUAUGAUUAUACACAGAAUAUUAAUUUAUAGUAAUGAUUAAGUUAAAAACAUUUAUA